AUGCAGCGGCCGCAGCUGAAGCGCUCGGGGGUCCUGAGGAUGGCUCUGUCCUCAGACCCAUCAGACCCGGCUUCAGACGCCUUCGUGGUCCGCGCUGGGAGGAUCUUCGCGGUCGUGGCUCUGUACUGGUCCGUGUCCAUCACCAUGGUCUUCCUCAACAACCAGCUGCUGGACAACAGGGAGCUGGACGCGCCGCUCUUCAUCACCUUCUUCCAGUGCGCGGUGACGGUGACGCUGUGCUGGUCUCUGUCGUGGUUGUGUCCCGCCGUCAUGCAGGACUUCCCCACGCUGCGCUUCGACCUGAAGACGUCCCGUGAGGUCCUCCCUCUCUCCGUGGUCUUCAUCUCCAUGAUCACCUUCAACAACCUGUGCCUGAAGUAUGUGGGCGUGGCCUUCUACACCGUGGGCCGCUCCCUCAGCACCGUGUUCAACGUGCUGCUGUCGUACGCCAUCCUCCGGCAGGGAACGUCUGUGCCGGCGCUGCUGAGCUGUGCCGUCAUCCUGGGGGGGUUCUGGCUGGGUGUGGACCAGGAGGGACUGGCCGGCUCCCUGUCCUGGACCGGUGUGGCCUUCGGGGUCCUGGCCAGUGCCUUCGUGUCGCUCAACGCCAUCUACACCAAGAAGGUCCUGCCGGCGGUGGACGGAAACAUCUGGAAGCUCUCGUUCUACAACAACAUCAACGCCUGUGUGCUGUUCCUGCCCUUCAUGGUGGUCUUCGGGGAGCUGGGCCGCCUGGCCAGCUUCAGCCGCCUCAGCGACCCAUCCUUCUGGGCCAUGAUGAUGCUCGGGGGGGUGUUCGGCUUCGCCAUUGGGUAUGUGACAGGUUUGCAGAUCAAACACACCAGUCCGCUCACUCAUAACGUGUCCGGGACGGCGAAGGCGUGUGCGCAGACCGUGAUCGCAGUAGUGCACAGCGCCUCCAGCCGCAGCGCCCUCUGGUGGACCAGCAACCUCCUGGUCCUGGGUGGGUCCUCCGCAUACACCUGGGUGAAGAGCCGUGAGAUGAAGAAGACUCCGCCCAAAGAGGAGCCGCAGCCGGACCAGGAGGAGCUGCUGUCCGGAGAGAAGGCCGACAUGCAAGUGUAG